GAAGCGUUCAAUUUCAGUUGGCGCGCCGCUGCUAGUAUAGUGUAUAACAGUCGCUAUGAAACGUUGAAUACGGCUACAUUUCUCGCUCACAAGUAUAUUUAGCAACUAGUCGUCCCUGUGUACACCUUGGUGACACUUCUGUCAUGAAAGUGACAGCUCCCACCUUAGCGAUAACGUUAACUCAUAUAAGGAGGGAUCGAACUUGGUAGGCACCCUUAGCUUCUCUAUUACACGAUGGAGAGAUUGCGCUUGGGGGAUUUGUAUCGAAAUCUUCAUCGGCUUUCCUUCUGUGGAAAGAUAAUCUUAUUUAACUGUAAACGAGCUUCAGCCACAAAUGACAGCGAAAGAAGUGAGUUAAUAUUUUGCAGCCUGUCAUUUGAACGGGAAGACAACACGUUCCUGAAGGCAGCUGAUGGAGCGGUUGUCAUCAGCAAGAAAGGAUCAGCGCAUGUGGAUAUUGUAAAAUGCAAAUGUACCAUAAAUGUUCAGAAGAGAGUCGCCACACCAUGUGUUUUAGUGACAAAGAAGAGUGAGAAAGGAGAAACCUUCCAGUAUACUCUUCUUACAGUGAGUAGCUCAAACCGACUGGAGCCCUGCAUUGAAUUUAAACUCCCUUAUGAAAUGAGGGAGAAUGUGUCUAUCCUCCAUGGACCCACAGUGUUGUGGAGUCAUGAAGGUAAUGUCUUCUAUACGUCUCUGCUGGCAGGAGAGGUGAGAAAGAUACCCAUUCGGUUGUCCCACAGUGUUGUUGGAGAACUCCCCCUCCACAAAGAACAGGUAUUUGUUCUUGGACUGCAAAACCUUUCAGAACAGAGCUCAAAUAUCCAGUCCACAAGCCAUACCCUGGGCUGUUUUGUUGAGAAUGGACACGUGUUUGAUGGUACUAUGAUUUUGCCUCAUCCCUACAUAUGCAUCACACGGUGCAUCUUGGUGCUCUCAGCUGAAAAAAUGGAUGGUGGGUUGAAAUCUGCUGUGGUUGCAGCAACUUCUAAUCAGCAACUCGUUUAUUUUGAGAAUGGCAUUGUGAAAGACACAUGUCAGCUCCCCUUUGAACAACCUGAAAAUAUUCAGGUGGUCAAUACCGGAAGAAAUGGCUGCCUGUUUGUCAUAUCCUUUCACCAGGGGCAUGUAUGCGCUGUAUGGAAAGAAACACUUAAGAUAGCGUCCCGCUGGUCAGGUGUCAGCUCUGUCCACGUGGAUGACUUUGUGGGAUGUGGAACAGACCAGAUGCUGUUGUUUUUUAAGAAUCAAGGCAUAACAGGACAGCCAUUGGACAAAUUCCUCCUCACUGACCUCUGUGGCAUUUCAUAUGCUCGUUGCCAGGACAAUAUAGCACCAGAGACAUCUCCUCCUCCACCAGAGAAUCAUCUCCUCACUCUUCAAGCUUUAGAGUCCAGAUUACAGAGUGGAUUGACCGUGCUGCAGGAGCUUCAAAGAGAAGUGAGAGUGAAGGAAAGAGUCCUACAGCAGUCGGUCCAAGCCCUCACUGAUGUGGUCUCAGAAAGAGAACCUAUUCUCACACAGCCUGAGCAGGAAGGCCUUAUUGCUCUGUGGGACUCUGAUGAUGAGUCAAAGGACGAGGCCUUGGAUGACAUGAUACAAGACAUGCCAGCAGUGUCUUCAAAACCUCAAGUUGACAAGCUAUGGCAUCGCUUCAUUGAGGACCGAAUGGUUGUGGGAGUGAUACUAUCUACUGACAGCUCUGUACCAGUGGCCAGUGUGAGCUUAUCCAUCCUGACAGAGACGGGCCAGAGCUCAACGCCCGCAGUCAUCCAGACCCAGAGCCAAGUGUUCUGGCUCCCUGCGCCCUGCUCCUCAUCAUCAUCAUCCUCCUCCUCCUCCGCCUCCAUGUUCCCAGAGCCCGCAGCCAAAAGAAGCAAGCAGCACAAUGCCGGCAGACCCAAUGAUCUCAACACAUGCAGACUGGCUGUGACUGCUGUGACCAGGCUGACACCUCUGUUGAACUCUGGCUGUGUCAAGUGCCGUGUCAUGCUCCAUUACGUCCAGGGACGAGAGGCUUUUGCCCUCGUGAGCAACCCAACACCGGUUGUCUUGCAUUGUGGUCAAGUUGCUUUAGACAUCCAAAGUGAUUUCCAAACCCGACUGUUGAAAAACCCCGAAAUCAAAACAGAUGAGGUUAAAGAGGACUUGCUGAGUCUGAUGGCGGUGCUGGAGCGCUGGGUCUUCCAGAUAGACUCUCCUGAUCACAGCUUAGGUGAUGUAGAUGGCUGGAUUCAGAAAAGAGUGGGUUGUAAGAGGAUAGAAGUGAGCCCUCAGUAUCUACUGUUAAAUUCUUCCGGACCAUCUGCUCUCAUGCUGCUGCACUGGCAUCAGAUAACCCCUUUCCAGGGGGAACUGUCUGUCCACUCCAGCCAGUUACAGAUGCUCCAGUUCCUGGACUCUCUCUUGGCUUACCUCCCUGCGUCCUGCUCCACCCAGCCUGUCAAAGUUACAAGAGGACAGGGUGCAGCUCAAAUACUUUCUUUGGCAUUGGAAAAAGAGGUGGUGUCACUCAGAGAGUGUGUGUCAUUGCUAUUUUGUGAAAAAGAGGAAGAGGAGGAGAAGAGGAAGAGCCUUGGACACGAGGAGAGCCCUGAACCAGGAUCUGUAAAGGGGCUCCAGAGGUGCAGAGAGGUGUGGCAGCAGGACGUGGAGAGGAGUAGGAUGAGGUUGAGCCCCCUGGUGGAUGUGGGAAGGUAUCGUAGGCUAACCCAAAGCAUGUUCAAAGUCCAGCUCGAUGGGGAUUUGGCAGCUCUCUUAGACAAUCAGAGAACUUUGCUCAGCUAAUGUGCUGCAGAUGUGGUUAUUGUUGAAAAUCCCAUCGCUAAGUCUGCCAAGACAAGCAGUUAGUAUUAAUGGGAAUAAAAGCCAACUCUUCAAUAGUCUAUCGUGUCAAGUGUUCAGCAUGUAUGCUCUGCAUAUUUCACCUGUACUGAAGGCUACCCCCGUUGCUGGCUUGGUUAUGUCUGUACUGAGCUGUGUGUGUCUGCUCUCUCAGACAGCCUCUUGGGGUUUAUAUCUAUCUAGUGUCUGCUGCUGCGUAGAGCCUCAGCCUAUUUCCAUUGGAUCACCUCCUCGGUUUCACAGCCUUAAUCUGAUACUGAUGUGAUACUGCUCUCUGCUCAGUUUAUUCUUCUGUUCAUGUCCCUUUAGACCCUCUGUGUUCAAAAACGCUCUGUAAUGUCUGUCGCUGUUGCUGUGUGCUAUUCACUAGGAGACAGAGACCACUUUCAUCCUGCAGUGAGAAACUGUUUGUGUUAUGAAUAAAGACAAGACAUGAUGGUAGAGCAAGGGCUUAUACAUCUGCUCAGUGGCUGGAGUUGACUGAAAGCUUUUAGUGGUACUUUCCCCUCAUGGCUCAGUUAUUUCCCUGUGAAACGAUGUGAAUAAAAAAAGUCCUUGGUUGCUGUUGCUCCUAUGAUGCUGCACAAGCUGUCAGCACUGUUAGUUAAAAUGCCAUUCGUCCAAGUAAACAUCUUGGUCUGUGGCAGCUUGACCAGUAGUGUUUGCUAAAAUAGCUGGUGAGGUUGUUUUUUGUUUUUGUCCCAGUGGGGGCUGCAAAACGAGGAUGUGCAUUUUGCUUGUUCUGGGAGCUACUCCAUCUGUUUGUAGUACUCAGCCUGAGGAGAGAUAUACUCCCUCUCUUUUACACCUUUUAAUGUCUCUUCUAUUGGACUGACUGCCACGGGACUCCCCUAAACAUAACUGAAACAUAAUUACUUCAAAGUUUCCUAUUUUCAUGAGUGAUACCGAACGUGUUACUUUAUGAUAUCAAUGCUGCUGAUGCUGCUUAAUGAAAUGUUGCAGAAGUAAAAAUGUUAGAAUGGAAAUAAAGCCCCUGUUUGCUGCUCAGUUAGCUUUUGCUGUUAUAUUUAGACAACUCAGCUUCAGCGACCAUGCAAGCUGAUCACACAUCAACACCUUUUUGCACAUACAGAAAACAGGCAAGCUUCCCCCCACCUUUUUUUUUUUUUUGCUGCAAGACAAACACCCUUCACUUCUAGCAACACAGAAGAAUUGUGAAUUAUUACUGCAAAGAAGACCAGUAAAUGUCCAGGCAGAAAUAGAUCACUUUUGAAAGCCCUGACUGCCACCCAAAGUAAAAUAUAUUGUUUGUCAUCCCAUUAUUUCCUGUUAACUUGUAUUAACUCAGAGUGGUGGAAGAAGGCUGCAGGGUUUAGCCUCCGAUGAAGUCCCCUCACUUUAGUGGGGAAUGAAAACAAGCUAGAUGAAUAUUGUUGCUACUGUUAUGAAACAACUCAGACAUGGAGAAACCAAAAUCUACACCCCAUCUAGCUUAUUAAUAUUUUAUUAUUAUAUUUGACUUGCAGGCAACUUGACAAAUGACAGAUUUCUGCAUCGUUUGACACCUUUGUGGAUUUCAGUAUGGAAGCCCAUUUCUGCCAGGCAAAGAAAAAAAAUACAUGAAAAGUUAGUCAUGAUUAAAAAAAAUGCUCAUGAUAAGUAAAAAAAUUAUGAGAUUAAAAAGUAAAACAUUUUUAUCUCAACAAUAUUUAUUUAAUGUGUCAUUUUAAUAACCAUUUCAUAAAUUUUAAUCAAACUCAAAACAAGACUGUUUCCCCGAGCCAGUACACCAGCUCCAGACAACAACAGCAUAUGUUGACAAACUAGAAAGUAAGCUGAAUGUCCAUGGGCAAGUCAUUUAACGUUACCUGAAACACAAAUCAUGGCUUGAAUAGUGUGUGGCUCGGUUUGAGACACUUUGUUUCCCAUUUACAGAGCCAGGGCUGUGUACCAACACCAGAGUUUUUUUCAGCCACACACAGACAGCUAGCAGACUGUGAGAAGAUAUUCGCUGAAUUUGAGAAAAAGUCAUGUAUUGGAUUAGAAUUGCAUACCCCACCUUUAAUUUAUUGACCUUAAGAGUUUGAGUUAAAGAUUGAAACUCAGCAUUUUAUUUCUUGCUAAACUGAUACUUAUGUACAUAUACUAUAUGACUGUUUUAUUGCUGUGUUUGCACAUAUGACUGAUUCAUUUGUUUGUUGUUAUUUGCGUUUUUCUAGUGUUAUCUCUGUUUCCCUGGAAACACAUGUGUUCUGACUAAUAACUGGAAAACAAUCAGUCCCGUCAGUAGAAUCCUAUGUAAUGAAACCUAGUUUACUACUCCAGCAAGUAGACCGACCCUUAACGACCUAGCAACAAAGACAAUUUCUAGUCCCUGUUGAGUCAGCCAGCCAUCUUGAGCUAAUGCUUUCUAGAGAUCGUUGGAUUUCCCAAACUGAAUAAAUACCACCCAUCUAAAACACACAACUGCCUUGAUUGCUCAAUCUUGUUGUAACUAAGAAGGCCUAACAGUUUCCAUGUGAUCCAAACAUCAAUAACUCCAGAGCGUUGUAAAGUCCAAAAGUCAACAUUUAUUGAAAAAAGAUAGAUGUAAUCAUUUCCAAAAUUCAGAUGUUUUUAUCUAACGAAAUAUUCUGCUUCAGUCCAUGUUUGUUGGCGUUUAACCUUUUCAAAAACAACAUUUUCACUGGGGGUCACAAAACUGGUUGCUGUCCGGCUUGCUGCAAACGAGGGAGGCACGCACCUGGCGGAAUAAUAUUUUUAGUGAUGAGCACAAUGUGCUGUCAUCAAAUAGUUCUCAGUGUGAAUUCAUAGACACUAGUUCCUCAGUGUUUAUGAAUUCACCAACCAACAAUAUUUCUGUCUCUGGAGAGCCACGUGUCCCACUGUACCACUGGUAAGGCAGAUAUCCCAUGCAUAACAUGAGCUCUGCUUCACGCACACAGUGCCUGUUCUGUAGUUUGAAGAGUGCCAUGGAAGCAUAAUCCUCUGAAUAAACCCUACAGAAAAUA